UCCUCUGUCGUCCCAAACUUCCUAUGCUAUGAUACGCCGUCGUCUCUUCCCCCAUGUGCAAGACCAAAAAGAGCACGCAGGCAAUUGAGCCGUCCCGGAGCCCCCACAAACCCCGAACCUCCAAGUCCCUCUCCUCCUCUUCCAUCCCCAACGAUCCUUUCUCCGGCAACUACUGCCCCACCGGCGGCAACAGCUCCAGCUACAACGACUUCUCCAAAUCCUCCACCUCCUCCUCCGUCGCAUCCCUCAAGUCCCUCAAGUCCUCCCUCCCCGAAAACCCCGUGAUCUACGACACCUCGGAGAUCUCCUCCUCCACCAAUAACUUCCUCAACCACCGCCUCUCCUCCUCCUCCACCUCCUCCUCAUGGCGCUGCACCCUCCGCGGCAAAGACGCCAUCGUCUUCCAGCGAAAGUCCCGGGCCACGAUCGACCUCCUUGACCUCCAGCAGAGCCUCUCCCUCAUCUCCCGCAGCCACCACACCAGCCUCAUCAAGCUCCUCGGCGCGUCGCUCUCCGGCAGCUACGUCUACCUCGUCUACGAAUUCGUCGACGGCGCAAGCCUCGCCGACUGCCUCCGCAGCCCAAACAACCCCAGCUACACCGUUCUCUCCACCUGGCUUUCCCGCCUUCAGAUCGCCACCGACCUAGCUCACGGCCUCGACUACAUCCACCACUGCUCGGGGCUCGGCUCCGGCUUGGUCCACAACCACAUCAAGAGCUCGAGCAUCAUUGUCACAUCCUCAACACUCAACGCCAAGAUCUGCCACUUCGGCACGGCGGAGCUCUGCGGAGAGAGCCGGGCACAGUCGAAGAAGGUGGAGGGAACAAGAGGCUACAUGGCGCCGGAGUUUCAAGUCAGCGGAGCGGUGACGCAGAAAUGCGACGUGUACGCUUUUGGGGUGGUGAUGUUGGAGCUAAUCUCCGGGGAGGAGCCAUUGAAGUAUAAGAUGGAGGCGGAAGACGGCGGGUAUAAGAGAGUGAGUGUUAUAGAGACGGCGAGGGACGCGGUGGAAUGUGGUGGCGGAGUGAGGAGGUGGGUGGAUAGGAGGUUGAAGGACUCGUUUCCGAUGGAUGUGGCGGAGAAGAUAGUGCAGGUGGCGCUGGAGUGUGUGGAGGAUGACCCGGAAAGGAGACCGGACAUGGGUCGGGUUGCGGGUUUGGUUUCUAAGUUGUUUUUGGAGUCGCAGAAAUGGGCGGAGAGAAUAGGGUUGCCGCUUGACAUGUCUGUUUCGUUGGCUCCACGAUGAUGAUUCAUUAUUCAUUACUUGCUUCAUAGCAGAAUUUUCCCAUAGAUGGUAGCUGUAGGUUUUGGACUUUCGGUUUCCAUUUUUGAGGUGGAUUACACUUCACGGGAUUGGCCGGAUACAAGAAUGUGAGU